CGGACCACCACCAUCGCCCUCGCCACCAACAUCAUGCUCGAGCGCCGCGUCAUCUCCGCCGCGCGCCCAAUACGUACGGGGCUGAGGGCAUGGUACAGCUCCGAAGCAGGCGACGCCUCGUCCUCUUCCUCAGCCGGGUCGUCCUCGUCCUCACUUUCCUCCCAGUCGUAUUCCGACCCCGGUCCUUCCGAACGAGCGCAACGACCUCCCGCACCUUCACGCUCCGACGCCGAGCCCUCCCGCCCGCUUCCUGGAUCCGACCUUCCCCCCGAGGCCGCGAAUCUCGACCAGCUGUGGCGCAACGCUCUCAGCGCUCCCGCCUCGGCACUCAAAAAGGCGCCGCGCACCUCCGCGAAGGCCCGCUCCCUGCUCGCCAGCGCAACCCCCGCGCCCCGCACCUUCAAGGGCACGCUGCAGCGCACGCGCCGCGCCGAAGGCCAGACGCCGCACGAAGCGGGCCAGUUCAACAAGACGCUGGGCAACAUCCUCGCGGACCUUGUCAACAAGCAGUGGAAGGUGGACGGGGACACGUUCGCGGCGCCCGGCGCGGCGCGCGGCAAAAGCUUGGCACACCUCACCUCCGCGCCUGCGGGGUGGGGCCGUUCGCCGCGCGUCGAAGAAGACGACGCGGAACUCACGGCCGCGCUCGACACGCUGAAGGAGGAGCUGAGCGGCGUGCAAACGCCGGGGGAGGCGGUGGUGUGGGCGCAAGCAAAUGUGUUUGCGCGCACGCACGAGAUGCGCGAGGGCGGCGAAACCCCCCGGCCGCAGUGGCCGCGGACGUAUCCCAAAGCCUUGGCAGAGCUCAUCAAGACGCUGUGGGAGCGCAUGAACGCGCCGCACCUCGCGCUCGCCAUGUUCGAGCAUGCGCGCACGCUCAGCGUCGAGAGCUACCUCGAUGGAUGCCAGACGAGCGCGUACAACCAGCUCAUCCGCGUGCAUUGGGACGCGUUCCGCGACCUCAAUGCCGUGCUCGCGGCCGUGCAGGAGAUGAAGGUCAACGGCGUGGGGUGGGACCGGUACACGUCCGGAUAUGUGGGCGGGAUCGUCGAGGCGGCCGGCAAGGAAUUGCUCGACGCGCGCAGCCGCAGCGCCACACACAGGUGGGGCAGCGAGGCUUACAUCACCCUGUCCAAGCUCGAGGAGAGGUGGCUCGAGGACCAGAAGCGUGAGGAGAGCAAGUACGAGCGCAGGAUAAGCAUCAAGCGCAGGGCACGGCAGAGCGCGGCCGCGGCGUGGUAGGGAGGAGAGACACGACGGAAGAGUAUUCUUGACACAUUCUAGACUAGCACAGCUCCGCAUCUCUGCAUAUGGUACAACAAGUGG